GGCAGAGACCGCUGGGAGUGCAGCUCGCCCAAGCAGUGCGCAGGCGCAGGCGCUCUGGCUCGCCAUCGUCUUCUUUGUCUGCGGGAGCUACACUGUCCAUACCCUUCAAAAUUUCUGCGGGGUCUAAGGACUUGGCCUAAUUCUGGGAUGCUACUUUGACCCUCAAUCAUCACAUCCAAGUCCUGUGUCUUCUAUUCAUUCACAAGUUUAAAGUCACCAAUUCAAGCUUUGAACAAUGGAUGAUUGAGAAGAAAUAUAAAGUUCUUUCUCUCCAGAAGAAGCUUUGGGAGUUCAUAAGCAGACGAGAAAGCAACAUUAAGACUUGUGAGUUAUGUUUCAUCUUUCUCUGUGAAAAUAUAUACUAAGGAAAAACUCGGAAAACCUAAGAAACAGGAAAGUAUUUCCUCUGAGCAUUGACUGACACUGCAGUGGUACACACUGAUUUCAGGACUACACUUCUAUGUAUGGGACUUAGUUUAAGAGAGUUUGAAACAAAAUUCAUAUUUAUGUACAAUUUAAACAUGAUAGUGUAUAAGAAAGAUACAUUCAUAUAAAGAGAAUGCUGUUUUCAUCCCUUUAUAUAAUCACCGCAUCUCAGAAUAAUCAAUGCAAGAAAAGUCUUCUAUCAUAAAUUCAACUUGAUUACCAUACCUGAGUAUUAAUAUUGAAAAGAAACCAUUCAUAUCAGUGAAUGUUAGAAAGUUGCCAUCCUUAAUGCAUCUCAGUAGAUACUAGGGGAACCUAGGAGAAAGUUCCUGUGCAUGACAAAAAAUGUUGGAAUGUCUUCAGCCUGAAUCAGAUCUCAUUCAGCAUGAUGAAAUUCAUACUGGAAAGCAACUUUAUGAAUGUAAGGAGUGUAGAAGAACUUUUAGCCUGAAACAAAACUUCAUAGAACAUAAGAAAAUGCAUACUGGAGAGAAAUCACAUGAAUGUAUUGAAUGUGGUCAAGUAUUCUCUCAGGUCUCAUCGCUUACACUACAUUUGAGAAGUCAUACAGGGAAGAAAUCAUAUGAAUGUAAUGAAUGUGGAACAGCCUUUAGCCAGAAGGGAAACUUCCUUUCUCAUCAGAAAUAUCAUAGUGGAGAAAAACCUUCUGAAUGUGGGAAAGCACCUAUUCAAAUGGCAGUCCUCAUCAGGCAUCAGAGAAAUCAUACAGGAAACAAACCAUAUGCAUGCAAGGAAUGUGGGAAAGCUUUUAAUAGCAAAUCAUACCUCAGUGAGCAUGAGAAAAUUCACACUGGAGAGAAACCAUUUGAAUGUAAUCAGUGUGGAAGAGCCUUCAGCCAGAAGCAACAUCUCAUUAAACAUCAGAAUAUCCACAGUGGAAAGAAACCUUUCAAAUGUAAUGAGUGUGAAAAAGCCUUUAGCCAGAAAGAAAACCUCAUUAGCCAUCAGAGAAUCCACACAGGAGAGAAACCUUAUGAAUGUAAAGGGUGUGGAAAAGCAUUCAUUCAGAAGUCAGGCCUCAUAAGACAUGAAAGAAGUCACACUGGAGAGAAACCCUAUACAUGUAAGGAAUGUGGGAAAGCCUUCAGUGGCAAAUCAAAUCUCACUGAGCACGAGAAAAUUCAUAUUGGAGAGAAACCCUAUAAAUGUAAUGAAUGUGGAACAAUCUUCAGGCAGAAGCAAUACCUCAUUAAACAUCACAAUAUUCAUACAGGAGAGAAACCCUAUGAAUGUAAUAAAUGUGGAAAAGCCUUUUCACGGAUCACAUCACUCAUUGUACAUGUGAGAAUUCAUACAGGUGAUAAACCUUAUGAAUGUAAAAUAUGUGGGAAAGCCUUCUGUCAAAGCUCAUCUCUUACUGUGCACAUGAGAAGCCAUACAGGUGAGAAACCCUAUGGUUGUAAUGAAUGUGGGAAAGCUUUUUCUCAGUUCUCAACUCUUGGUCUACACAUGAGAAUCCAUACUGGUGAAAAACCUUAUCAGUGUAGUGAAUGUGGGAAAGCUUUCAGCCAGAAGUCACAUUACAUUAGACACCAGAGAAUUCAUACUCAUUAAAGUUCUAUGAAUGCCUUGGAUUUAGGAAAUGCUUCAGCAGAAUUUACACUUAAUAAUAUUUCAAGUUUUGUUUUACAUUAAAGAGACAUAAAUGUAGGAAGUUUUUCUGCAGCAACUCAAAACUAAUAAGUGUCAGUAUAAUGAAAGUCUAUAUCCCUAUAACUUUCACAAUAAACAUUAUUAAUACUAAACUUUAAGAAGUAUUCUCCAUACAAUUAAGACACAGUAAUGGACAUUAAUUAGCAUGGUCCUAAAAGGCCUACUAGCUGCAUUAAGACAAUAUGAGACAUACAGAGAUUUUAAAUUAGACAAAAUUACUUUCUUGUUUUGCUACAUAGGAAGUUUGUGAAACUAUAAUCAUCAAAAUUACUGCUUUGCAGUUGUAGAAAAGUGAAAUUAGGACAGAUAAUUGAAUCCAGAAAUGCUUGAAUUUGUGGGAGAUUGGUAAUUGAUAGAGGUGGUAUCUCAGAUUGGUAGCAAAAUCAUGGAUUGCAAAAAAUGAUCUCAGGGUAAUUAAUUCUUCAUAUGGCAAAAUAAUAGAUCUCUGCCAUCAUUGUACAUGAAAAUAUUUAUAUCUUAAAAAUGUAGUGAAGAUUAGAAUGCAAAAAGUGGAACAAUAUAAGAAUUUUAUAGGGGAAUGUUUUCAAUCUUGGGGCAGGAGAAAAUUUCUAAACUAGGCCCCAGGAUUUUUAGCAAUUUCUUUUUUGUUUUUGGUACUGGGAAUUGAUCCCAUUGUCUUUGCAGUAAGCUACAUCACAUCCACCCAGCCCAUGUUUUUGAGACAGGGUCUCAUUAAGUUGCCCAGGCGAGGCUUUAAUUUAUAAUCCUCCUACUUCAACCUCCCAAAUACUGGGAUUACAGGUGUGCAACACUAGCUUAGCAAUUACUCUUGGGUCUAUCUAUCUAUAUUGGUCUUGAUUAAUUGAUCAAUAGAUAGACCUCAAAAUCUGAAACAUUGCACAGUCUGUUUAUUCCAGUAUGAAUUAUGGUAGCCAAAAAUUGGACACAAGUGUUUGUUGUUUGUGAAAUAGAUGAAUAAAAUGUGAUACAGUUAUGCCAUAGAAUAUUCUUUUAUUAGCAGUUUAGUGCAAAUUAAAUCUAUAUGUAUUAACAGUAAAAAAGGAAGAAAUCAUGUGGAAUGAAGAAAACUAAAUGAUGAGCAUAUUGUAAAUGAUAUCUGUGUAUGUUUUGAAUGAAAUCAACACUAACCAACCCAUGUACUAAGAUUUGAUUAUGGAAAAAAAUUUUAAAAAAUUAUUAUUAUUAUUAUUAUUACUUUUGGUACCGUGAAUCAAAUUCGGGACCUGCGUGCAAGGUGGGCAACAGAACCACUGAGCUAAAUCCCUGGCCCAAAAACCCUUUUUAUAUAAAACUGCAGAGAAUGAAUUGGACAGAUCCACACUUAGUUCCUCAACGUGGUUGCCUCUGACAAGAAGGCAAGAGGAAAGGAAAUGUGACAAAGCACAGUAGUGAAAGGAUACUUCAAUUUUGCAUCUAAAUAUUUAUUUUCAUUAAAAAGGAGGAUUCCACUUGAAUGUAACAAAAUAUUAGUUAAUUUUGGAUUUUCAUAAUGUACAUAUUCAUUCUUUUGUUAGUGAUAUUUUCUUUAAAAUGAUAGAGGUUUGGGGAAGGUAUACUCCCUUUUAUUGGUGGGGAAUACAUUUGAAGGCCCCCAGUGGAUGUCUGAAACCCUAGGUAGUUCUUAAUCCUGUAAGUUUUUGUUUGUUUGUUUGUUUGUUUGGCACUAUUGGAGAUUGAACCCAUGGCUUCACACUGAGCUAUA